AUGCAAGGGGGUCUUGAGCCACCUUCGCCACAACGCGAUGCAACAUAUGUGCCGAAGUCGCCGAAACGUUCCUUGCGCAAUCGUCUCUCAAACCAAAUUGAGCGCGUGCGGGGCCGCUCGCCUGGCCCAGCAAAUGAGCAGGAGGACGACGCACUAGCAAGUCCAUCGAAGCGACUUGGUGUCUCGAGGCUACUGCGGCGCUCUGCUCACCGUGCACGCAGCUUGUCGCCUGCACCUUCUCGCAGCAGCGUUGUUUACGACGAGAAUGCGCCUGAAUACCACGUCCCUGAGCUGCCGAAUUGGCAGCUCUACGAUGGAAGCAAUACACAGCUUGGCAGUACGGGUUUUACCGGCGACGAUAUGUGCCACAAUAUUGCAAUGCCCGGGUUCGGCAGCAAUCUGUCGCAACACAUUCAUGUCGCUAACGACGACCCCAACCAGCCAAACUUUUUACCGUUGCCGCUCGAGACGAAUACGGUCGCCCUGUUUGGCGACAUGGCACCUCCCGACCACCGACGUUCAGGAAGCAUCAGUGCUUCUGCGUUUGUGCGUAAUCAUCGUAGUGCCGACGGGGCCAUGCAUCAAGAAGAAUCGGUACAUGCCGUGGAAGAGGGUGCGCAAUUCCGCGUCGAGGAGACUGUGGAGCGCCACGUCCACGAGGCCGCUUUCUCCCAAGUCGAAGAGCGUGUGCAGAAGCAGAUAAUUGUCGAGCGCACACAGCCGCUGCCGCCGCCGCCACCACCCAAAGAGGAGCUCACCGCGGCGGACAUUAUCAAUGAAGCCGCGAUGGGCGCAUCCGCCGAAGCGUCUUUUGACGAGACGGCCGAAAAUACGGUGAUUGAUUACGACGAUACAAAGCCGCAGCGCACAAACCUUUACUCUCCGCGCAUUCCUCACGGCGGCAAGCCAUGGCGCGAAUUUGACCAUGACCAAGCCAACGACAGUGUCGACGCAGGUCGUCUAUAUUCGCGACGCAUGGUCGAGCUCGGUUUGCCACACGAAGACACUGAGAACAUUGUACAACAGCGUACACCAUCCGGAAACAGCAAGCACAAACAGGAGCGCCUCUUGGAUGCGAUGCAGCGCGAGCCAGAAGGCGCAAAGCUGACCGACCUAAUGAACCGCGUCGUUCAGCCGCGUCAGUCUUGGCUGCGUGGAAUCUGGCCGAGCGGCGCUUCGCAGUGCUCGGAUCGCACUGCAAGCGCCAAGUCGGGCGGAAUCGUUUUUCAGGGCGCGGAUGCAAGUCCUUCUUUGUACAGCAACGACACCAUGUCUGAAUUCGACGAUGGCUCGCGCGUGACGGCAGCGUCGCCUCGGUCUUUGUCUGGUGCAAACGACCGAAUUAAUGCGGCGCUUGCGCGUGCCGCCAGCGUUGCGUCGAAGCGCUCCGAAUACACGCAGGGUUCUGCGCGCAAGCCGAGCGACGACGAAUGCGAGGCGCUUGAGAUGAAACGCAAGUCUAUUCUCGAGGCACGCAGGAUCCUUGAGAGCGAGCGCCGCCACGGGUCGGCAGAGCUGCAAGGGCUUGACGAGGAAGCGCCGCCUUUGCCCCCCCCGAAAACGCCGAAGCCAGAGCCGCCCACAGCUGGUUUUCAGUCAGAGGAAGAGGCGCAAUGGUACGCCCAGCAAGAAGCGGAAUGGUAUGCGCAACAAGAAGCGGAAUGGCUCGCGCAAGAGCAGGCAUACUAUGCGCAGCAAGAAGCCGAGUGGUAUUAUUACCAGCAGGCAAUGGCAGCGCAUGGCCUCGAUCCUGGCGCCUUGCAACCGGAUGGAACUAUGCCGCGCGACGAGUAUCAGCAAGGCAUGAUAUACCAGGACAUGCAGGCUACCGAGAUGAUGUAUUACGGUCGCGAGAAUGAACUACCGCCGCUGCCGCGAUCCACGGCGCCGGUGCACCGCAAAGCGCCACCUGCAUUUGAAGAGCGGCCACGCGUCUCGACAAUGAUGAGCACCACCUCGAGGGGCCGUGAAUCGCGCACAAAGAAACGCCCCGAGAUUCCAGUUGCGCCUUUGGCCGACGACUCCGCGUCGACGAUCAUUGAAGAGGACGGCACCGCGUUCAAGCCCGAUGGAUUCGGUGGUCUGAUCCCCGUCUAUAGCGCGGAUGAGACGCCAACGACGCCUUCGUCGCGCACUACGCCCAAAGCGCCGCAAGUUGAGUCGAUGCACCACGACUUUACCCGGCGAAACGAGCGUCCCACGUCGGGCCUGCCGAAGCCCAUGCAGCAGUUUAAGGAGCACAUUCCUUUGCCCGGUACUACGCCGAAGCCGAAUGAUGCGCUUCAGCGCUUCCCUUCGCGCCGCGAGCCGCCAAAGCAAAAGAGCAACGCGCCUUUCCGCAUUGCUUCUGAAGUGUAUACAACGCCGGCCGUUCUUCAGGAUAGUCGCGGUCGUCUAACAUGGACGCCAGCGCUUGCCGAGGCUGCCGCCAAGUACAUCCAGUCCAUGACCGAGUCUGUCUCAUACACCGGGCCGCAUCCACCGACGCACAGUGUCGGGGCUGCGAAUCCAGCGACGCCAUCGCUGCCGCCGCCCACACAAGUGCCGCCGCCCGAGACACGAGAGCUUGCACUGCCUACUGGCAUGGUCCCGUCCAAAUCGGUGGUCGAGCAGCUGCAGUCGAACGGAAUUUCGCUUGUGAUCGAUGCAGGCACUGGCGCUGAACCAAAAGACCUGCCGCUGCACGAGGCGUUGCAGGAAGUCAUGGUCCGGUUUUACAUGUACGAACGCCACUCUGUGCCUGUCUUGCGCGAGCUCGACAAGCGCCUUGUCGCGCUCGAGCAGUGGUCAUUGCUGGACGCGGACAGUGCCAAACAGCCUCCAUGGAACCAGGAAGCUGUCGCGCGCAUCACAAGCGAGGUGCGCCGCGAGAUGCGCGCGCUCAUGCUUGGCGUCAAGCAAUUGCACGAGUCGCGUAGCCGGCUGCAGGAGAUUACACGCAAAGACGAAGGGGCGCUGAAGCGCAAGCGCACGUCGGAUACCAUCCAUACCGGCAAACGCGCUGCGCUAAGCUCGCGGAUUAUUUCGACGAGUAGCAUUGCAAGCAGCACUGGCGCUGCGUCUAGCCGGUACGCGUCGGGAAGCUCGACCAUGAGCGCAAGCUCCUCUGACACCGUUCUGCAAGUAACUCCAUUUGCACGGCGGCCAGUCUCACCUGCGCCGUCGCUUGGGCCCCGUCCAUUGCCAACGAAAGGCGUCCAGCGCGAAGUGGCGCCUAUGGGACACGGUAUUACCGAGAAGGAAGGAGGUGCGGUUCUGCAAGAGGAUGCGAAAGAAACGGCGCCGGUUGAGCAAACAGCGGUGCAAGAGGCGGCCAGUACAGCACAGGACGAGACGUCCACGGAAGCAGCAACGCCCAAGGCCGAGCCUCUUGCUGAGUCUGUUGACACCACUCGCAAGGCCGAUGCAUUCAGCAUGCCUUGCACGGAUGCCGAAGAAUUUAAGGAUGCUCCCACAGACACUAACAAGUCACCCGAGGAAUCCAGCGCCGAACCUGCGCCUCGCCAGCUCAUGCCUGUCAAGCCAAGGUACGCUGAUAGUGCCGCUGAGAGUGGUCUCCUCUUUGCUUUGAUGCGGGCAAAUGAGCGCGCGCAUACCCCCCCGCCUCCCCCCCUUGCCGAACACAACGCACCGGCGUCUACACCGAAUGCUACGGAAAAAGACGCCACACAUGCUCGCGAAAAGCCCACCGCACGCAUUCCACUCGCAAGCAAAGGCAACAGCGCUCUUGCCGCGCCAUCCAAGCCAACGGACGGCGUCGCUCGGACUCCAAGUGCAUUGAGGGCGCGUGCGCAGCGCUACUUGAAGCAUACAGACCCGAGUGCAGCCGAGAAAGUGGCGGAGAAAGUGCCUGUCGCGGCGCAUGAUGCAGAGUACGAUGCGGAGAAUGUCUCGCCGCAAAAGUACCAGCCGACCGCCCUCAGCGCCUCGCUUCGUCGCCGCAUGGCCAAGUUUGAGGCAUAG